AUGACAUCGGCGGCAGGAGCUUCUUCAGAAACAGUUGAACUGACGGUGCGUUGUGCCUUCCAGACUUCGAAGGAUGUCCGAGUUGUGUGUCCGCUCCACUGGACAGUCCGUCAUCUAAAGGAACACCUCCAUCAAGUUUGCUCAUCUCAUCCUGCGGUAACUUCCCAACGGCUAAUCUUCUCUGGUGCUUGUCUCACCGACGAAAUGGUCAUUAAAGAUGUUAUGGAUCAGAGGAAAGUAGUGGAUGGUCCACAAGUCCUUCAUCUUGUUUGCCCAUUACCACAGUCGAGCCCCGAAUUGCGGCACCGAGCUGGGAAUCACAGUACAAUUCAGGGGUACUCUCCUAAUUCAUCAUCGUCACAACAGCAGAAUACCGGUUCUUCUCAAACAGCAACAAGUUAUUACGAAUGGUAUCAGCGUUACUAUGGUCCAUCUGCUUCGGACCAAAUUGCAAGACUGCAGCAGUUCUCAGAUUAUUAUGUCGCUUAUAUGAACCAUUGGCAGCAGUAUCAGAAUUUUAUGAUGGGUCAGAUGGCGCAUAGUAUCUCACCACUCGGAGGAUCACCUGAACAGCAAAUUUCAGUUCAAGCUGCACAAGCAGUGUUCUCUCGUGGCGACCAACAACCAGCUGCUGCCAUUGUGCCUAACCAAGACAACGGUAACGUACCAGUUGCAGCGCAGGUUCCUGCGGAGCCUAAUGUUGCUGCUGCAGUUCCUGGAGGAGGGCGAGACGUUCUUGACUUCGUUUACAAAGUUUUUAGAGUUGUGCUAUUGCUAUCGGCUGUGAUGCUUUAUUCGUCGAUCGAGCGUUUUCUUGCCGUCCUGGCUAUUGCUUUAUUCAUCUUUUUCAUCCAGUUGAGGAGGAAUCAUCAAAGACAGGGACGUGUAGUAGAAUUUACCGAGCCAAACGUUAACAACAACAAUGCUGGCGAGGAAACGCAGGAAGCAGCUGAACAAGCACCAGGAUACGUGGCUCCGACACCUCCCUCUAGUAUCCAGAUUUUCUUUGCGACUUGUUACUCGUUUAUCACAUCAUUUUUCACGUCACUAGUCCCUGAUCAUCCCCUUCCAGUUGAUCUAAAUUAG